AUGGCCACCUCUCGUGUCUUCGCCCAGCGUCUGGCCUCCACCAUGGCCGCGACCUCCAAGGUUGCUCGCCCGGCCACCCGCUUCGCCGCCCCCAAGCGCACCUUCACCAGCCAGCGCAAGGCCGUCCCCAUGACCCCCUUCCAGACCGUCAAGCGCCAGCAGCCCUCCAUGAUCCAGGCCUCCGCCCGCCAGGCUUUCGCUGCCCGCCGCCAGUACUCCUCUGAGAUCGCCGACGCCAUGGUCCAGGUCUCCCAGAACGUUGGUAUGGGUUCCGCUGCCAUUGGUCUCGGUGGUGCCGGUAUCGGUAUCGGUCUCGUCUUCGGCUCCCUCCUCCUGGCCGUCUCCCGCAACCCUGCCCUCCGUGGCCAGCUCUUCUCCUACGCCAUUCUUGGUUUCGCCUUCGUCGAGGCCAUUGGUCUGUUCGACCUGAUGGUUGCCAUGAUGUGCAAGUACGUCUAA